ACGUGUGCGCGCUCCCGCGAGGGGCGGGUAAAACUCGGCAAAGCUCUGCAGGAACAAGAGGGAAGUGUGGAUCGGGUGUGGAUCGAGACGUCGGAGAAGUGAAGAUUUGUCCGGUCAGAAGAAGCUGCCUUUGCCUUGUGUAGGAGAUGGCGUUUUUAUGGAGGUGGUUGAACAACUUGAUGCAAGUUCGUGGCCAAGUUUUGUUGUUCCUCAAACCACCAAACCCAAAAACACAGAGCCAAAUACUGAAUGUGUUUCUCCUGCCAAACAACGUCCCUCUGGAAGAGGUGAAGGCACAACAGGGAGAUUCUGUGUACAUAGAGACGUCUUCUGAAUGCAGACUCAUCAAUCGUCAAAGUUACAGUGUUCACUGUCCGGAGGCGAAUAAAAUUGUGCCUCAUAUAGCAGAGUGCAACUUGGAUUAUGGACCAAAUUACCAUCCAACUUUUGAGAUCUUCCUGCCUGCAAACAUAGAAGAGGUGACGAUAACGCUCCAAGACCCAAGAAAUGCAGAUGUCUGGAAGCGUCGUGUUGAACUGACUGGUCCUGGUCCAGCAGGGAUUCCCAAACGGAUUCAGGACGCCAAGAUGAAGAAGAUAGUCCUCAUCAACAUCCUGGACGAUCUGAGAGAAGACGAGUUCAAGCGCUUCAAGUGGUUCCUGGAGAAAGAAUCGUUGCUCAGUUUCAGAGAGAGCGAACUGUUGGAGGCAGAGAGGGUGGAAACCGUAGAUCUGAUGGUGGAGAAAUAUGGAAUUUCUGGAACUGUGAAGAUGAUGGUGAAAGUUUUAGAAAACAUGUCCAAGUAUGACCUGAUGAAGAAAUUACUCAGCUCAGGAACAGAAGGUCCUGGUCCAUCAAAGACUCCCGUAUCGUCUCCUCCUGCCAAGGACGCCAAGAUGAAGAAGACAGUCCUCAUCAACAUCCUGGACGAUCUGAGAGAAGACGAGUUCAAGCGCUUCAAGUGGUUCCUGGAGAAAGAAUCGUUGCUCAGUUUCAGAGAGAGCGAACUGUUGGAGGCAGAGAGGGUGGAAACCGUAGAUCUGAUGGUGGAGAAAUAUGGAAUUUCUGGAACUGUGAAGAUGAUGGUGAAAGUUUUAGAAAGCAUGUCCCAGUAUGACCUGGUGAAGAAAUUACUCAGCUCAGGAACAGAAGGUGAGUCUGAUGUCAAACCGGACCCAAACACAGCAGAGACAAAGAUGGACGUGUCUGAGGACGUCAAAAAGCUGAAGAAGCCUCCAUCAAGCUUCACACCUGAACUGAAAACUGAGUCUACACAAGUCUCAUACAGGUUCAGGUGUCCUGGUCCAGGUGGGUUCCAGUGUACUUUGACUGGACUGGUUUUUGUUGUGGCUCAGGAGGCGGAGCUGCUCUACAGGACUGUCCAAUGGGAUGAGAGCCUCCUCCAAUCAGCUGGAAAGACGCCAGCAGGGCCGCUGUUCAAUAUCCAGUGUCCUGAGGAAGCAGUGUGUGAGCUCCACCUCCCACACUGUGAAACAAAGGACGAUCUGCGGCCUGAAGGACUGCUGUCUGUCAUCCACAUCACUGAUGAUGGAAUGAGCGUCCUCGAACCGCUGGAGAUCACAGACACUCACGUGAUCGUCAAAGUCCCUCAUCUGUCUCCCUUUGGCCUCACCUUGGAUCUGGAGUUUUUAGGGAGGUUCUGGAACGGCAAGAAACCAGUUACUGGCGAAGUUCUGCUGUUCCUCCGAUCUCUGGACAGAGGGCUUCGAGUACUCGAUGUUUUUCUCCUGCCAAGCAACAUCCCUCUGACAGAGGUUGCCGCCCAACAAGGAGCUGCUGAAUACAUCAAGAUCUCCUCUGACUGUAAACUGAUCACUGGUGAGAAUUACCGUCUCCACUGUGAACCUGAGGACUUGCACAUACAGCCUGAGCAUGCAGAGUUUCGCUCCAAGUAUGGGCCAAAUUUCUUUGCAACGUUUGAGGUUUUCCUGACUACAAACCCGGAGACAGUGACUUUGAAGGUCCAAGACCAAGUCAAGACAGAUGUCUGGAAACGCAGUGUUCCUCUGCCAGGUCCAAGAAUGGAAAUGAGACUCGCAGCAGAGCACAGGGACCCGGCAGAGGCCAGGGACCUGGCAGAGGCCAGGCUGCUCCUGGCUCGGACAGAGUUUAUUAACAGAGUGUCUAAUUCUCUUCUAGACCAGCUUCUGAAUAAACUUCUUGAUGGUGGUGUCGUAACUGAUCUUGAAGCGGAGUCAAUGAGAAAACACGAGAGAGCAGAAACAGCACGAAACGUCAUCGACGUAGUGCGAAAAAAGGGAAGUGAAGCCAGCUUAGUUCUGAUCACUGCUCUCUGUGAGCUGGAUCCAUUCCUUUCCAGAGUGCUCGGAUUAAGAUGAAGAAUUGAAUUGAUUUUUAUAUAAAUGUAUAUUACAGAUAUUUAAAACAUCAUGUAUAGAUAAAAACAAAGGCACAUUUAAUAUGAAUUUUAUUCUGAUGUAACAUUUGUCUUUAUACAAACCAAAUGGUGCUCGUUUUUGUUAUGUUCAGAUCCAGAACCGAUGUCUUUUAUCUUCAAUUUACAUUGACAAUUCUAAUAAAAACAUUUCAAAUUCAAACAUGGUCUUGUACUAAAAAUACCCAGCACUGUAAAUAUGUGAGCAGAGAUACUUCUGGCGCCCUGUUCAGAGCUACAUGGUAAAAGCUGAUAACUGAAAUAAAAAAAGGAAGUGGACAAAAUUACAUUUACAUGUCUAGACUCAAAAGACGCUGUAUAUAAAAAAACAAAGGCUCAUUUAAC